AUGGACGCCUCCUUGCAGCCAGCCUCGACCUGGGAUUCCAUUUGGACGGUUCCCCUUAGAUGGGCCGUGAAGGACUUCCACGACAAGAAGCCCUACGACAGCUCCAGCGCUUGGAUCAUCGCAUCGCAUCUUCCGCUUACUCUUCUGCAGAUUCAUCUGCUCAUCCGAUAUGAUCCCAAGUCGACCUGGCUUCUCAGAGCCACUCUCGUCCCCAUCAUCUCUCUGCUAGCGCUUCGAUCGGCCUUCGCCUUCUACUCCCAGGUGGACGGACUCAGUCAGCUUGACGGCAAGGCCCAGCAGGUCAACAUGACCCUGGGAUGCUACGCCGCCGCCAUGAUCGCCCGUGCGCUACAAUUUGGCCUCGCCAGACGCCGACCGCAACUCAAAGUUGCAAAGACGAAAUCGAACGGAGCUGACCACGUCAACGGAAAGGAAGCGGAUCCUAUCGACAUGCCAAUCUUCUUUCCGGGGACCAGGUGGCCGCUCGAGAUCGACUUGCUACUCAACGUCAGAGGGGUGGGGUGGGAGCACGGCGUCAAGGAAGCUCCGCCAGCGCUCCCCGUGCAGACCAACACCUCAAGCGAACGAUGGACCUGGAUCUGCGAACGCAUGGCUCCCAUCCCAUUGUACUAUCUUGUACACGAUGUCAUCGUCGUGCUCAUCGCCGACCCGCGCUUCAACGUUCACGCUGGCGGUACAAGUGGCGGCAGUCUUUGGGACUGCUCUCGAGGCUCCUUCGGUUUCGCUGGACCGUACUUGGUCUGCCUCGCAUUCGCCUUUUCCUUUGCGUGCAACCUGCAUAUGAUGCACACAGCGCUGAGCUGCCUCUCGGUCGCAAUUCUAGGCGACCCACUUUCACGAUGGGAGCCACGGAUCACGGACAAACCCUGGCUGUCCUCCUCCGUAGGCGAGUUCUGGGCCGAGCGCUGGCACCAGUAUCUUCGCAUUACCUUCCUGACCGUCGGCUACUGGCCUGUUCGUGAUGCCCUCCGACCCAUCGCCGGUCGUCGAAUUGCCAGCAUGGCCGGCAUCUGCGGAGCCUUCCUAGCAUCUGGCAUCCUACACGAACUCGGUCGGGCGGCGAUGAUGCCUUCGCAAGGCAGCUUUUUGACCCCCGUCACGCUCUUCUUCGCCAUCCAGCCAGUCGCCCUCUUCGCCGAGCGAUGGUUCGAAACUUGCACAUCCCGCAAGGUGCGCGGCAUCUGGGGAUGGGCGUGGACCAUGACGUGGAUGCUGGCCACCGCACCGCUGCUGUGUGAAGCUAUGAGUCAGGGCGGCAUGCUCGUGGCCAAGAACCAGACAUUGAAUCUCACCCAUCGGCCUGUGACGUGGAUGCUCGAUUGGUGGGAUCGCCUUUUCAACGCCGUUUAG